UCCACCAGCGAGAUGCGAGAGAGGGUUACAAAGGAGAUUUUUACUUAGAAAAAGGGAACUGACACUCGUUGCAUUCAGUACCUGGAAAGCAGAACCAGUAAAAACCUAGGCAUCCCUGUCUGUUCAGAGGUUCGCGAAUAAAAUAAAGAAGAGCAACAUUCACCUUCCUACAUUUCAGACUAGCUCAUGAUGGGGAUUUAAGGGAUAAUGAAACACACCAGCUCUACAUUUGGAGAUUCAAAAGGAAGCAAUAAAUGUAGAAGACAACUGGAAAGAGGAACAUGAACAACUCUGACCCCACUGCAGAUAUGAAACAGUAUUAAAUAUUCUUUCCAUUUCUUUAAGAAAAAAAUAAAGAUGGAUAACAGCAGUAAAUUUGAAACACCAACCAACAUAUCACUGAUUAACAGUGCAGACCUUGUGUUCAGGUCAAUAGAAUAUAAAACAGUCUCUGUGUUUUUGGUUUUGGUGAUAUGUGGAAUGGGCAUUAUCGGAAACAUAAUGGUGGUCCUAGUGGUUUUGACUACUCGCCAUAUGAGGACCCCCACCAACUGCUAUCUUGUAAGUUUGGCUGUGGCAGAUCUCAUGGUUUUGGUGGCAGCAGGGCUACCUAACGUCUCUGAGAGUUUAGCAGGAACCUGGAUUUAUGGGCAUGCUGGCUGCCUUGGCAUUACCUACUUUCAGUACCUUGGAAUAAAUGUAUCCUCCUGCUCAAUCACAGCUUUUACAGUUGAAAGGUACAUAGCUAUCUGUCAUCCAAUGCGGGCUCAAACUGUGUGCACCGUGUCCAGAGCCAAACGAAUCAUCGCCUUUGUCUGGGUGGUGACAUCAGUCUACUGCAUGUUAUGGUUUUUCCUGGUGGACAUCAACAUAAACAAAAACAUGAAUGUGGAAUGUGGCUACAAAGUGUCUCGAGAUCUCUACCUGCCCAUUUAUCUCAUUGAUUUUGCUAUCUUUUAUGUGACCCCAUUACUUGGGGCAAUUGUAUUAUACGGACUUAUUGCCAGGAUCCUGUUCCUUGGUCCUAUUCCUAAUCGAGCUGAUACCAACACCACAGAGCGCUGGAAAGAUAAAAGUGUAAAGGAAAAAAGCAGAAUGGAUUCAGAAAGCAGCAAAGGCAGCAAUCGACCUCGAACCAAAGGAGCUCUUUCUUCAAGGAAACAGGUUACAAAAAUGCUAGCAGUGGUGGUGAUCCUUUUUGCUUUACUGUGGAUGCCCUAUCGAACGCUGGUACUAGUAAACUCAUUCAUUGAAAAGCCCUACCUGAAUGCCUGGUUUCUAUUGUUUUGCCGACUGUGUAUAUAUACUAAUAGUGCCAUCAACCCUGUUGUAUAUAACCUGAUGUCCCAGAAAUUUAGAUUUGCUUUUAAAAAACUUUGCAAAUGUAAAGAGGAGGAAAGUCAAAGGCGAACCAUUUAUUUGGCUCCAACGAAUUACAGCAUGGUUCGUGAUGGAGUCACAGCAAGCUCUGAGGUAAACGGAACAAAAGCAGGACAGACCCAGGGACGACAGACAAAAGGUGGACAUCUCCCAAAGAUGCAAACUGUGGUCAAGAAAGAUGAUGAGAUUUACUUUAGUGUAGUUUAACCUUUCCACCGUAGAGACUUGUAUUCUAGCUUUUUAAACUGUGGUCAAAAAGCAAGAAUUAUUGGUUCUAAAGCAUGGCAAGAGGUUAAUAUAGCUCUCAAAGAUCUGAAAAUGAUUAAGAAGGCUGAAGAUGUGGUUUUGUUUUUGGCAUUAAAUAUUUAUUUCUUCUUGAGCAAUCUGUAACUUGUAAAGCUGCUUUAAACAUAAGCAAGAUUUUUUUGGAAUUAUAGUUGCCAUCCAAACACAAAGUGACACCAGAACAUUUUAUAUUUGGAUAUUAGAAAUUCUUGUUAAGCAAAAACUGCUAAUUUUCACAUAUUAAAGGAAAGGGAUGUUAAGAAUAUGCCAUUUUUAAACCUAUUGAUUUUUCUGUAAUGGCAUCCCAUCUCGUGAUAAGAUCCUGCCUGACUUCCACUGAUGUCUAGAUCAGUGCUGGCUUCUGGUGGAAAUAAAGCAGGCACAGAAAAUACAUGGAUGGUAGAAUGUAUAACUUAGAAGAUAGCAUUCAUUUCAUUGAUGGUAUGUAUUUUAUAAUUUUUUUUAUUACAGAAUAUUUUUGUUUUAUUUUAUUUCA